AUGACUCGAUCAACCAAGCCCGUAAAGGGGCCCGAGAAGAAGACUGCCGUAGGAAACCUCGAUCCACAGAUUCUCCGCCAACCAAUAUACGGGCGACACUUUCAGAACACCAAGGCAACCCCCAAGCAAGGGGUGAGGGAGCGCAAGGCUUCUGAAAUGACCGACGAGGCUGACCCAGCCGCCCCCCCAUCUCUUGUUGCCUCAGUCCACUCAACUGAGGCCCCCUCCGGCUGUGACCCCGACCUCCCCUCAUUUCACCACCUCGAAGACGAGUACCUACUUAACCCAACGACAUCAUACUGCUUCAGCGGGCUGUUCUUGACUCUGGAUACGGACAUAUGA